UUUUGAGGCACCGUUGAAGAUGAAUCGUCGAGAGGCUAUUUUCCAAGCGAAUCAACAUGCUGUGUAUCAGCUUCGUCGCGGCAACAAUCGAGACGCUGCGUCUAUCCUAUCAGGUAGCUUGACGCUUCUAAAGGAUAGUCUCUCUUCCUGCGAAGAAGCAUCUACCAGGAAGCGAUCUGAUGUCGAUUUGUCCUGGAGUGGAACUCUCCCACUUGCUUCGACUGGGAUCUUUUGCUCUACCACCGUGAUUCAUUGCUCUGCAAAAGGGACAUUCGGCGGGGAAGCCAGAGAACACGUGGGAGUCCAUGAUCGAAGCAUUGUGUCAUCGACGUCGCCUUCACUGGCCGAAGAUUUCCCAUCAAGCACUAUUUGUACUAUGCUUGAAACCGAGGUUGGUAUUGAUUUUACUUGGCCCUUUUUCUCCAAGGCCUUUGCAAUUACGCCAACUGAUACUUGCAUGGCUUCUGAACUGACAUCGAACAAGGAAGUCACCGAAAUAUCCUUGGUGAUUUUGUUUAAUCUGGCACUGUCCUUUCACGUCAUGGGUAUGGAAACAGGAAAAAGUAAAUGUUUGUUACAAGCUCUGUCCUUUUACGAAAAGGCGUUUCAAGUUCUCUCGGCACAUGCAAUCCACCGGGGCGAUUCAACGAUUGCCCUAUAUCUAGCACUGUGCAUGAACGCUGCGCAUAUUCAUCAAGAAUUUUUUAAUCUGCCGCAAGCUGCGGAUCUGUACAAGAUGUUUAAGUCGGCCUUAGACUGGGUUGGCCCGUAUCAAAUGACCGAUGAAGAGUACAACUUUUUCACGCUAAACAGCUGCUUUAUAGAUCAACUGUGGGAUGCCCAUGCCCCUGCGGCAUGA